AUGGCAUGUAGGAUUUUCUCCAAUAAUAGUUCUGAUGUUACUAAACUUUUGAAAGCAAAAUAUUACCGUAAUUGUGAUUUCCGGAUUUGUGAUACUAAGAACAAGAGCACGCAAAGAUACAGAGAGUCAAAUAUUAUGGUGGACUAUUUGUCAAAGGAAAAUGCAGCUAAAAGGAUGAAAGAGGGACUUCAAAUCACGGGAAUAGCAAUGGUUAACCUUAGAGAACAGCCUGGAUUACAGGAGAUGUCAAGUUUGGUGAAGAGCAGUUCGGUGACAAGUUGGUGGGGUAACAAAUUUGCCUUCCUUUUACUCCCAAUUUAUCCCCAUAAAAAUGUUGGUAAUGAUGCACUUCAAUAUGUCAAGAACGCCAAAGAAAUGCUCGACAAGAAGAAACUAUCGUUAGAAGCUCAUUUCACUUAUGCGAUCAGUAAAUUAGUGAUGUCACUUUUGGGUCCGAAGGUCACGAACUUUCUUAACAACAGGGUUUUCUGUAAUACAAGUUUUACGAUAUCGAAUGUGGUUGGUCCACAAAAAGAGAUUAUGUUUGGAGGAAAUCCUACAACUUCAAUUAGAGCAACUUCGUCCAGUUUACCCCAUGCACUGACAAUGCAUAUGGUAAGUUACGCUGGAAAAGCAGAAAUGAAAAUUCUUGUGGCUAAAGACAUUAUUCCAGACCCUCAGUUCCUCGCCAAGGGUUUUGAAGAUGCAUUGCUUGAAAUGAAGGAGGCUUCUGUUAAGACCUGA